CCCAAAACUUACCCUCUAUCUGUUAAAUUAAAUAAUAAAUUGUCUAGCAAAGCUAUGAACAUGAUCCUUAAUUAUGUUUAUUUUCCAUACAUUUUCCAUUGUUAUAUUAUAUAUAUGUGUGUGCAAAACUUGAGGUUCAGGCCAUAAUUACAAAAGGCAAAAAUGUCUAUUGUUGCAGAAGCCCCUGGCUACCUCCAAGUCUUUUCUGACGGGUCUGUAAAACGCUUUGCACCAGAAACAUUCCCUUCAAGGCAACCCCAUAACAAAUACAAGUUUAAAGAUUUAGUCAUUGACCCAUCAAAACCAAUAACUGCAAGGCUAUUCCUUCCUGAAUCUUCUGCAAGUAGACUUCCAGUUCUAGUUUAUUUUCAUGGUGGUGGCUUUUGCGUUGGCUCAACCACAUGGCUUGGCUACCAUCACUUUCUUGCAGAUUUCUCAGUCACAUCCCAAUCCAUUGUUCUUUCUAUUGAUUAUCGUUUGGCACCAGAGAAUCGCCUUCCGAUAGCUUAUGACGAUUGUUACAGCUCACUUGAAUGGUUGAGUCAUCAAGUGAGUGUUGAACCUUGGCUACAGUCAGCAGAUCUUUCUCGUGUCUUUCUUUCUGGAGACAGUGCUGGAGGGAACAUUUCACACAAUGUCGCUAUCAGAGCUAGCAGUGACAAACUUCCUCAUGUUAAAAUAAAAGGACUGUUGCUGAUACAUCCUUAUUUUGGGAGUCAGGAAAGGACUGAGAAAGAGAUGGCUGACGGAGCAGCAAAGGAUGUGGAGAUGAAUGAUAUGUUCUGGAGACUAAGCAUACCAGAAGGAUCAAACCGCGAUUACUAUGGAUGCAAUUUUGAGAUUCAAGAUUUGUCUGUAGCUAAAUGGAAAGAGUUUCCAGCAGCUGUUGUUUAUGUGGCUGGCUUGGAUUUCUUGAAAGAGAGAGGAGUUAUGUAUACAUUGUUUUUAGCUAAGCAAGGGGUUAAAGAGGUUGAGCUAGUGGAGGCUGAGGGAGAAUCUCAUAUAUUUCAUGUGUUUUCUCCUGAUUCUGAGGCAACUCGCUUGCUGCAACAACAGAUGAGCAAGUUCAUUCAGAGCCAUUAGAACUGAGAUUUGUAUUAAUGAUAUAGAAAGUGUGGAAUCUGCUGGACUCUAUUAAUCAGCAGAUAUGACAAUAAAUUCUGCAUUCAGAGGAUUGAAAACAAUCUUCUUCAUCUUCUUUGAUGCUUUAGUUACAUAAGCAACAUAUUAGUGAA